AUGGCUGCUGAUAUAUAUAUUCAAGAACUUUCAAUGACUUUACAACAAUAUCCUGAUGUUAAAUACAAAAGCAGAUUGAUUAAUACUCUUGAAAUUGCUCAACAAUAUAAAAAAAGAAAUGACCAAAUUAAUAUAACCGAUGAAAUUGAUUCCAAGGUUAAUAGUUUUGAAAUUCCGGCAAUUAGCGUACUAUAG